AUGGCGUCCAAGAAGCCGCCGAAGAGACAACUUGCACGUACACCUAAAUGGAAACACAGUGAAGUCUCGCCGCUGACUUGCAGCCUGGCCGACACCGAGGAAUGCCUUGCUCAUUUGAAUGAGAUGAGCCGUGCAUGCCAUGCUAUUCUGGAAAACAAACAAAGUAUCACUUCAGGUCCUAUCGACAAUUCAUUUUAUCCAUUGAUCACAAAGCCCCGCGAUCUUCUUGAAAUGCUGUUGCACACCAUGAUCGAAUGGAAUGAGGAUGGCCAAAGCGUCACACAUUGUGGCCAGUUGACUUCGACACUAGCGGGCACAUCUGUCCCAACCGACUGCCAGCCGGUGACCCGUGAUCAUUUGGGCCUUUGGCCUACCUUUUAUUCCAACUACGCAGUCCAUAUCGAAUGGGAUGGUCUAUCUACAGAACCAUGGAUGCUCAGAGAUAUCAAGAAGCUUUCCUUGGUCGAGCAUUCAACCAAGAUCCUUUUGACCAUCGGUAAUGGCCACGCAAUCUUGACUCCUAUUCAUGGUUUCAUCGGCUUACACUUAAAUUGUCGCCCCCUCAUCAAGUCCAUUUCUUUGGCUAGUUGUGAUGAACUGACCCCUACUUACUGUGAGACAAUCCAACCUGGUGGCGAUGGCAACGUCACUUGUGAAAGUAAAACGGAACUGGGGUCUUUGGACGGCCCUACAUCUAGCACGCCAAAAGCUAAGCGUAAGCGCGAGAGCAAAAUUGAAUGUCCUCCUGUGCGAUCAACCCCAUACGACACCACCAUUCAUAUCCGAAGCGCUCUCGAUGACUACGAUCAAUCUGCUCUGGUAGUGUGUGAUAUGAUUGACCGACUGUAG